UUUACUUUUACAAACAAUAAUUUUGAAAGUUUUUUUCUUUAUUAACAUAUUUUUAUUUUGAAGUCUCUUUCCCUCAUAUCUCACUACCAUGAGCAAUCUUGCCCAUGACAUGUUCCUCUUGGACUGUCCCACCUAUGAGGAUUAUUUGGAUACGUUUAUAACGCGUAAUGAUAUACGUUAUAUUAGAAAUAUACGCUUUUCUCGCAUGCUUGUAGAAUUGGGCUAUAGAUCCGCAGCCGAAAUCUAUACACCCAGCCAAUUUGAACAACGCAAAGCUGCGGUUCUGGAAUCGUUAUGGCCCACCAAGAAAUCAACUAUUUAUUUUAGUGAUAAAUUGAAAUCAACCGAUCCGGUGCUCAGGGAAUUGGCUAUAAGAGAGAAACCCAAUAUACAAAAGAACAUAUCGACCAUUUUCUUCGUUAAACAUAGGCUAAAAUCCGGUUUUGAAGUUUCCGGAUACAUAGACUAUGAAAAUAGUUUACGUAGAGCCAAUUUGCACCAAGAGGGUCAUACCAAUUGGUCUGCCAUUUUUAAGAAUCAAGCUCCGAUUAUACCCAAACCUACACAUCUAAGUUUCUUUGACUGGCACAAGGGUAUUGUGAACUAUAAUGACUCGGAAAACUAUGCUGUGGUGCACGAUGUGGAAUAUGGUUUGAUGUUUAUGCAUAAGGGAGACCAUAAGAAAAUUUGUGUGGACGUAUCAAGAGAAUUGUAUAGUAAAAACUGUACAAGAUCUAUGGCUUUCUCAGAGAAAUAUGGUCAUGUUAUAUUUUAUGAUCACGUUAUAAGAAAGAAAAUAUAGACAGAGAAAAAUGUAACCAAAAUAUUUGUAUAGAAUGAAGAGCAAGAGGAAAAUGGGGAAAUAAACAUGAUUAGGAUUUUUUGCAAUAUUUAUUGUUGAUAAACAAUUUAGUAUUUGGCUUAAAUCCAAAUUCAAUGUUAAUAGUGCGAAACAUUUAUUUAUUUUCUUUAUGUUUAGAAUAAGGCGAUCACAACAAAAGGGUAUAAAAUACAUAAAAUCUAUUAUGGCCGCAUAAAUUUCUUAAAAUAGAGGUCAAAAUAGUUUUCGCUGUUUAUUUUCACAUUUUUGUUUAUUUCUCUAGUUUUCAAAUAUUUCGUAUGUUGCCGUGUCUUUUG